UGGCGGACAAGGUGCGAAAGAAAAUUAUCAGUUCGCGGUAAAAUCGAUAAUUAAAUGCAAGGAUGGUGCUUGCAGUGGUUUAAGGAAAUAUUGCUAAUGUCGGGUUCAACGCUUAUGGCUAGCAGCUCAACUAACGCUGACAGAUACGAAAUUACUUGUCCGACAUGUGAUUUUACGUCGUCGGUACCGAACGGAUCUCAUAGAACAAUUUGUCCUAAGUGUGGUGGAUUUUACAGCCGCGAGGCAGCAGAGAAAAGAGAGCCUCGGAGACUUCCAAUGAGAAAUGAACCAAAGGAGAAAAGAUCUAAUGGAAGAAGGGGACUGAACUCUAUAGCUAAUUUCUUUAACAAUCUCACACCUAAUAACUCAAAUAAAUCCAAGAAAAAAGGAUUAAAUAAUGUUGUUUCUACCCAAAGUUCAGAGAGUAGUAGCUCCUCGGAUAUUUCUAACACAGAGUUACCUCCCAUUAAUAACAAAUCAAGGCUAACAGUGCAGAAUGCUAGAUCAGGGAGCACAACUCCGUCAUAUGGGCUAGACUCACGAGCAUCUAGUAGAAAUACAGUGAUUUCAACAAGUUCAAAAGCUUCAAAGACAUCUAAAGGAACCUCAGUUUCCAGACAGGAUAUUCAUUUGAAUAUAUCUAGUAAGCCAAAGAGUUCGGAUAAUGCUGGUGCGGGCGUCAGCAGUACAUCUCAGAACCAGGCAGACAGAGUUAUCUAUCCUGUCAGGACGAAAACAUCAGAUCAGUUAAGGGAAGAUGUGCGCUCGGCGAGAGAGACGGGUAACUGGAAAAGUGUUCAGGAGUUCUACUCCACCACAUUUGAUUCAUUUCUUGAAAUAAAUGCUGCAUUUAAGAGAGAUCCAAACAAAGAUUACAAGGGCACUGAAGAUCCUGGUUUGAAGUUUGACUUCAUCAACACUGUAUAUGACUUGAUACUAGGACUGCCACCAGAAAUACAGAAAAUUGUUUUGAAAAGUAUUAUCAAUAGUUUGCUGAAAGACAAGAAGAAUAACCAUAUGCAAUGGCCACAUUCCAAAGAUGAUCUGAGGGCAUACCUAGUCUUGUUACAGAAUCCCCAGUUUGGGAGCUCAUCAACGUAUGUGAUAUUUGCGCACUUGUUGCGACAGAUAGCUGCGCUAACAGACCAUGAUCAUCACUAUCUAGUCUAUUGGAUGAGAAAGUUGUCAGGGGACAGGUUACAAGCAUUGUUGGAAAGACUGAACUCAUUCAUAUCUAUACGUUUGUUCCCUCCGAAACCACAAGAUCUACCACCAAUGGUGAAAUGUAGUUGGUGGAUACCGAGUGGUACCAAAGUUAUGGCAUUAUUAAAUGCUGCCAACAAUUUGUGCCAACCACCCUUAGUGUCACACAUGGAGUUUUACAAUAUGGCCUUGGAUAACCUUGACCUUAUGCAGGAGUAUCUAGCAUGGCAAGAUCCAAACUCUAGUGGAGGAUUUUCAUUUUGUCAGUAUCCAUUUAUCCUCAGUAUUACAGCAAAGAGAACAAUAUUACAACGAGACUCGGAGCAACAGAUGAUUCUCAUGGCCAGGAGAAGCCUGGUUGCGAAGGUGCAGAGGCGCCAGUUGCCAGAUGUUGGAAUGCUGUUCUUUAACCUGACUGUUCGGCGGGAAAAUCUGGUUUCUGACUCCUUAAAUGAGAUUGCGAAGAAACAGCAUGACUUGAAGAAGAAGUUGAAGGUCACUUUUGCUGGGGAACCAGGCUUAGAUAUGGGUGGCCUUACCAAGGAAUGGUUCCUGCUUCUUAUUAAGAAGAUAUUUAAUGAAAACUAUGGUAUGUUUACAUACAAUAAAGUGGCAGGAUGUUAUUGGUUUUCUACAAUGCACCGUGAAGAUUAUCAGGAGUUCAAUCUAGUCGGAGUUUUAAUGGGAUUAGCAGUUUAUAACAGUAUUAAUUUGGAUCUGAGAUUCCCACCAUGUUGCUACAAGAAGUUACUGAGUCCCCCUGUGGUGCCCUUCAACAAUCCACGAGCACAAGUUGGUGUCGCUAGUCUUACAUUGAAGGAUCUCAAAAGAGUUCAGCCAGAAGUUGCAAAAGGUCUACAAGAUCUGCUAGAUUAUACAGGGGAUGUGGAAGAAGAUUUCUGUAUGAGCUUUCAGAUGUCUCAGGAUCACUAUGGCCAUACAAAGACUUUUGAUCUGAAGCCAGAUGGUGCUAAUAUACCAGUCACUAGUGAAAACAGAAAAGAAUAUGUAGAUCUGUAUGUAGACUGGGUGUUGAACAAGUCUGUUUAUAACCAGUUUAAAGCAUUUUACCACGGUUUUCAUAUGGUGUGUGCAUCAAAUGCUCUCAUUAUGUUGCGGCCGGAGGAGAUAGAGAUGCUGGUAUGUGGAAAUCCAAAAUUGGACAUGAAAGAUCUGAAGAAAGUUACAGUUUACGAUGGCUACCAUAAUCUGGAUCCCACUAUCAAGUAUUUCUGGGAUGUUGUAUUGAGUCUGCCGAUCCAGUUACAGAAGUUGUUCCUGCUUUUCACGACAGGAAGUGAUCGUAUCCCUAUAGGAGGAAUGGCCGAGAUGACUUUUAAAAUCUCUCGGACUGAAGAUACUGAUUUGUUACCGAUGGCUCAUACGUGUUUCAACCAACUAGUUUUGCCUGCAUAUAAAAGCAAGAAACAACUGAGAAAUAAAAUUAUCUUGGCCAUACAGAAUGCAGAGGGCUUCGGACUGGAGUAGUAAAAAACAUAGUACUUUUAUCUUAUUAAGGAACACAGAAAUCCAGAUUUAAAGCUGGCACGAUUCAUGUGGUGCACAAACUUUGUCUCGUCAAUGCAUAAUCACUGUGAUGAAGCACUUAAUUUCAUAUUGCUGUCCAGAACACACACUGAUACAGGCUGGAAUUACCGUAUUCAAAUUUUGUACAGUUAUUUACAGGAGAUUGGAAGGACCUGUCCUGAAGAAUCAACGCUGUAAUGAUUUACGUUUUUUGAAAUACAUAUCCAGACUAUAUUAAUGGUUGCACAGGUCACAUUUCACAUAGUUCAGACAUGCUUUAUACACUUUUUUUCUGGCUAUACAAAGAAGUAGACAGAUUUACAGACCAAUAUCCAUUUGUCUAGACUAGAAUUGAUCCGCAAAUUGAUGAAAUGUUACCCAUAUCACAGAAAAGUGAAAUAAUUUACAUGAGCUUUGAAAAUAAACCAUUGCAAAUAUCACCCAACCUGCAAUACUGGUACACAGAUUAAGUUAGGUGAAUUCCAUGACAUAAUUAAAUUUCUGUUGAAAAUAUGAUAUUCAUUUCAAUAAAUUAUCAUUUUUGGAUGAAAAACUAUGAGAAAGUCAUGUCUUAACUUCAGCAUAACUAUGUAUUAAAAUGAUAAAAAAAAGUAUAUUCAUACAAUGCAAGUUAAACAGACUUGGUCAAACAGUUUGUUUUCAUUUUGCUUGGUUGUGUUGUGUUUCUGAAGGAUCUUCUAAUAGAUUUUGUUUUAAUCUGGAUCAUGUCCCUGUGUAAAAUAAAUUUGAGUUACUGGUAUAGUUUCAACAGCAAGAUUCAACAACAUGAACUAAAGUUUUGAAAUUUUCAUUCCUGUUUCAAGUUUGUAAUUAUAUAUUUAUUGGUAUUUGCAUUUACUGAAUACAAUGUAUUAAGUUUGAAUUGUAUUAAGCAGGUAAAAAGUAUAGAUUACAACUGCUUUGGCAUUUAAAUUGUUGCUUCUCAUAUUUAAUAUGUCAAACUGUAUUAGUUGUUACACACAGAAACAGUUUCACAAAUGAGUGUCCACAGCAUUUUACUGUGAUUUUAUAUGAAUUCUAUUAACCCUUACCAUGCUAAAUUUCUGUAAUGGACUGGUCCAUCUUCCAAUUUAGGCAGUACCAUUUAUAAUUUAAGGGAUGUUUACUGAUUAUUUACUAACUGAAUAGUGAACAGUGCAGACCAUGAUCAGACUGCACGGAUGUGCAGGCUGAUCUUGGUCUACACUGGUCACAAGGGCAGAAUCAGUCGUGUCCAGCAUGGUAAGGGUUAAAAAUGUUGCCAUUUAUGCUGUAAGGAGAUUUACAAAAUUACUGUAUAUUAAACAAAAUUGUUCACUUUAUAUGAAAAAUGUUACUGUUGAAGAAUGUACAUCUUGUAAGUGAAGUUGAUCUACACAGUUGCAUUUAUUAAACUACCGGUAAUCUUUUUAUAUGUUAUAUAUUAUUACGAUUGCUUGUUACUGGAUAAAGAGUAUAAGAAUCACUGAUAAAAGGUGCGGAUGGAAAUAUCUGGCUUGAGGGUAGCUAUUUCGGCAGUAACGAGACUGCCGAGUUUAUGCAAAAACAGCUAACCCUAAGAGCCAGAUAUUUCCAUCUGCACUUUCUCUUUUUCUUGCAUACCGUAUUCUUUAAAUAAUAGGAAAAAAAUCUGCUUCUCUUUAAGUACUAUUUUAUUACAAGAGCAUAUGAAUUUACACAUUUCUUAAAAAAAUCAUGGCACCCAGGGGUGUAAGAUGAGUUUUUCCAGCACCAGUAAAACAGAUGGGAAAAUUCUGUAUAGCAUAAAUAUUUAUUGUAGAAUCUCUUUUAAAUCUUUGCAGCAUGAAUUAUGUUUUUAAUGAAAAAAUCAAGGUCCUGUAUACUACCAUUUACAUGAUAUAUAUUCUAGCAUAUUCUACCUUGAGAAAUCAAUGGCUGUAUUGUGUGGUGCAUUAUGGGAAAAAAAAAUCUGUAUUGCCCUUUUGUUACAGACAUGUCAAAUAAUAUGCAUGCUUGUAUAAUAAUGCACAGACUCAAAUGACAGUCAUAGAGCAUAGUAAUAAAACUUUCCAUACUUGUUUAGGCGACAAAUUUUGUAAAAUUUUCUGAUCAUGUUUAAGCUUGUCCAUGACACGUCAAUAGGGAAUGUCUUCACACUUAUAUAUAUACAUGUAUAUAUAUAUACAUAUGUAUGGGUAAAAAAAUCUCAACUUUAAAAAUGAAUGUUUUCUUUAUUUCUGAAGGACUAAUGAAUAUCUGCUUUGAAGUUUGAACAGUAUUGAUAAUUAAGAUAGUCUAUACCUGUACAAAAUUGAAUAGGACAAAAGCAUGAAACCCAUGCCAUUAACAGAAAAAGUGUACUAUAAAUAUUUAUUGGCAUGCCAUUACUAGAAACAUGCAUUAUUGUGUUAAGGUAUAUAUAAUAAAACAGUCAUUGCCUGCCUCUGUAUACCCAUAUUGGAACCGUGGGAUAUGCUAUUGUGCCGAUAUAGGUGAAACUCACAGUGAAAAUAACUGCUUAAGGCUGGCUGUUGCGAUGAAGGAAGCUUAUAUUACUAUUUAUUCCGUCCAUAUUUAAAGUUAGUAAUUACAGAUAUUCAAGGAUAAUUGAAGAGUAUUAUUUUCUUUGGUGCAUGAUUUUGUACGAUAUUGCUUUUUGUGAUGUUUGUGUUCUCUUAAUCUUCAUGUUCUCAGCCCUAAUAUUCUUACCAAUGUGGAAAUGUGAGUCGUAUAUCCGAAUAUAUUUUUAGCAACUUUUCACUGAGAGCUCAUUUAGCAUGUCUGCUUUGAUAUGUACAGUUCCCUUUUCAGCUGCUAGACGUUUUAAGGCAGUCAUUUUAAUUUUGUUUGUUCAAGCUGAUGUUUUUCUUUCUAUUCUUUGGCCAGAAUACUCUAAAGUCGGCUUUUUUUGCUCAAUUUAAUGCUUGCACCAGUUCAUUAGAAAAUGUACCUUAUUGUGAAAGUGGUGUUACGUCAAUGAGAAAUGCUUUUAGAUGCAUCUCUUGUGUAGUUUUGAUAAAAAAUAAUUAAAGUGAAAAAAGCUGUGUUUGCAAUGAUUCUGUUAAACACUUUUUUCUUCUCAUGAUAAACUCAUACACAUAAAAAGGGGCCAGUAGACAUAAUUACUGUGUUAUUAGUGUAGUUUUUAGGUGUGUAAACUAGAAAAAAAACUGGUCAAUCCAAUCACAGUGGAAAUAAAUAAAAGUUUUCUUUUUGUGAGCAGAAAACGAGUAAGAUAUCCUUGAGCACCGUCAGGUGUAUGAAGAGUUCAAAUAUUUUAUGCUGCUUUACAAAAAAAAAAAAAAAGACAAAAUGGAAAAUAUUUGAGGACCAAAUUUCUGCUACACACUUUGCCAGCAUUGUGAGGAACAAAAGAACACUUUGUGUAACAGGAAGUAAUACUCACAGAUUUAAGUUAUCCAUUCUGAAAUUAUCUUAGCAUCUGGGAAAAAUCUUUGCAACAGGCUUUUCUUAUAUGUACAUAUCAAGUUUAUUUUUAUUUUCCCAAAAAUCAAAGAAGUGGCAAAGAAAAGAUUACAUUUUUUCAUUGGAAUACAUUAAUUUUAUUAUUACCAUAGAUUUUAUUUGCUAUUUAUUUCACCAGAUAGUUGUUAUAUUUAUUUUUAGCAUAUGUAUGUUCAAUUUGUAACUGUUUCAUAAUAUAUAAUUGGAAUGGCAAAGGAGAACUGUUAGAUAAUGCUAAAUAAUAGCUAUAUUUAGACAGAAUAAGAAUCUGCUACAACUGUAUACAUCAGAUUAUACUUUUUUUUUGUUUUUAUUUCGAAGCAGGUCUUCAUUUUUAUUAGUGGGUUAUUAUUUCUGUGAUCUUGUAGUUAUAUUUUGUUGAUAUUUUAGUUUAUGUUUUAUUCAUCUGCCAUUCAGCUUAUCCCUUUAUUGAUUUGUUUAUAUUUAAUGACAUUGAAAAUAAAUGAAAUUGUUGCGUUUUUCCUCAAGGUAACUCUCGACUCUUGAGAAUAUCAUUACUCUUUGGGGGACUACUAUAAAAUCAGAAGUCUUCUAGAUAAAUAUUUGCUCUGUUUACUAACUAAAGAAGUAAAUACUUACUUGUUAAUAAUAUUUUUAUAAUACACUUUAGAUACUGGUAUGUUGAAGAUGGCCAUAUACCUCAAAUUUUCUACCAUACUAACUAAUUUGAAUUUCAAAUAUUGCCAACUUUUAGCCUUGUAAAAUUAUAUGAUUUUAAAGUGUUUUGUGGUGGCACCAAUCCAUGAUAUUAAAAAACCUUAACAGUCAAACAGACAAAAAUAAUAAAAUUAACAUUUAGUUUAUUCUGAAGAUUUAAAAUACACAAAAUAAUGUCCUCAUGGAAUAGCUGACAGCAGUUAAAAAUUUUGCCAAAUCUAAAUUACGCCCAUGAAAUUGAGUAAGCAUUAUUUAACAAAUUGUCAAAUGAACAAUAUAAAUAAUUAUAUAUUUAGUUACAGAAAGAAUUUUUCUCCAGGUAAAUGGUAUAAAAUUGACUAGUCAACCCUUAAUUUCUGAACUAUCCAUGUUUCAGUUUGAUUUUCGUUUUUAUAUUGUGGCAUUUUUUUGUCUUUCAGUGAUGUUUCUGUUGUGUGUGAUAAACAUGCAUUGGAUUUUCAGAUAUGUUGUUAAAAUGUAACAUUAAAUUUCUGAUGAAUGAAUGAAAUUUUAAGUUAGAUAUAACUGUUGUAUUAGUACUCAAAUAUAUUUUUUUUGAGAAAAAAAGAUUUAUAAAAGUGUAUGUUUGUUGAGAGACUAGUAUUUUAUUUUAAAGGUAUUGUACCUAUGCAGUUACAGUACCAAGACUGAUACUUACAUAUUUUUAAUGGGUGCUUUCACUUGGUGUGGUCUACAUUUAUGCCAAGUAAUAUGCAAAUAAAAAAAAACUUGAGGUAUCUAAUCAAAUCCACCGUUCAUAUUUACUGGUGCCCAUGUACUUCUUAGCUUCAUUAAAAUAAAUUUCAGGUACCAAUAACAGUCUAUAGUUUAAUGUAUGCAAUGGUGUGAUUUGUACCUGAAUAGUUCAUUUAAAUUUCAGUUGUCAUAGACCACGCAAGUCCCAAGUGAAAACACCUGUUUUGUUGUACCAAACAGACGUUAAUGUUAUAUGACUGUGAUAACUUGUUUUGCAUCUUUUUCAUGAAUAGUAUAAGUAUGUAUUCUAUAUAUUGUAACAUACUCAAGAAAACAUUAAACAUGUGCGAAAACUUGAGCUAUAAUGGGAAAAAUUUUCAGAAAAUGAAAAAUAUAAAAUGUUAUCGUCAUUCUGUUUUCAUAUAUAUAUAUAUAUAUAUAUAUAUAUAGCUCCAAAGGAUCCAAACGCCUUGAGCUUAUACCAUGCAUGCUUUAUCAGACCAAAAUCAACAGGACAUUCGUUUUGAGCUCGACUAUUCGAAGAAUAGUCUAGCUAUUCUACUCACCCUGGCAUCGGCGUCGGCGUCACACCUUGGUUAAGUUUUUGCAUGCAAGUACAUACAGCCAUCAAUUAAAGGCAUAUAGCUUUGAAACUUAUUUUUUCUUUUUCUAGGUCAAUUACCAACCUCUGGGUCAAGUCCCAUAACUCUGACAUGUAUUUUGAGCAAAUUAUGCCCCCUUUUGGACUUAGAAAAUUUUGGUUAAAGUUUUACAUGCAAGUUACUAUCUCCAAAACUAAUGCAGAUAUUGAUUUGAAACUUCACGUGUCUUCGGGGUUAUAAAACUAGUUGAUAGCAGCAAGUCCCAUAACUAUGACCUUCAUUUUGGUCCAAUCUUAAUGAAAAGUGGUCAGAACAUUUGUCUCCAUGAAAUCACUAUGUAAAUCUUGUUUUGUUUCUUUUUCAGUGUGAUGUUUUGGUUACAUAAUACCAUAAAUUUUUAAAGCAGAGAGCAUCAGUAUUAUUUCUGCAAAAAAAUCACAUGUAUGUUUUGAAGCAUGCCUUCUUUAUAUGUACACAAAUGUUUACCAGCAAAAACAGAGCCACCUGAUCAACAUCUUGGGUUCGUUUACAGAACUUUAGUGAUUUAUUUAACCAGUUAUUAUAAAUUCUGUGCUCAAAUUUGUAAUCUGUAGUAUCUGGACAAAGUCCCCUCUCAGAUUGUUGCAAAUGAGGGCACUUGGCCCCUUUAACUCCUCAAACUUGGGUUUGUUGCAUCAUUGUAAGAGGUCCUCUCUCCAAGCUUUUGUUCAAAUGGGGGUAAUUGGCCCCUUUCAGGGGCCACAAAGGCCAAACAUAGAAAAACCUUUUAACAACUUCUCAUGAACCACUUGCUGAAUCUUCAUCAUACUGGCCUGUUGUAUUUUUGUAAGUCCACUCCCAAUUUUGUUCAUAUAGGGGCACUUGGCUCUCCUUGUAGGGACUGUCUGAUAUUAACAAAUAAAAACCUGUAAACAUACUUCUCAUGAACAGUUUGAUGGAUUUUCAUCAAAUUUGGUCUGUUGCAUCAUUGUGAUUUCCUCUGUUUUGUUCAGAAGGGGCACUUAGCCCCUAGAGGUAAACAUGGAAAAACCUUUAAACAACUUCUCAUGAAUGGAUUUAUGGAUCAUCAUGUAACAGCAUUGUAAAGCACUCUUUCCAAAUGGGGGAACUUUGGUCCAUUAGAGCUAAAAUUAGAAAAACCUAUAAAUGGCUUUUCAUGAACUGCUUGAUGAAUCCCCAUGGGACUUGUUAGGUGUCCUCACACAAAUUUGUUCAAAUAGGGGUACUUGACAUGUUUUGUUUUUGUAUGCUAAACAAGAAAUUACCAUUCAUGAUUCAGUGUGUCAUAUUAUGUAUAUUCAAGGUCAGGUGAGCUACUUAGGCAUGCUUUGUUUUCAAAUCUCACACAUUGAGAGUUGACUUGACCUGCCCAGAUGCUACUCGUUUUACAGACAAGAUAGGAAAACCUUGUCUGAAGCUGCAAGACUCAGAGCAAAGACUUUCAGUGUGUAACAUUGUCUAGGGGUAAUCUACCAAGUUUGUUAAGAUCUUGCCCCCUAGGUCAAGUUGGCAGUGCUCAUGGGGUAACUCUUUUUUACAAAGACUUAUAUUGGAAAAACUUCAAAGAUCUCAAGGCCUAGAAAUUUGGCAUAAAGCAUUGUGUAGAGGUCUUCUGCCAAAUAAUACUUUUCCCAUUCGAGUCAGGUGAGCAAUGUGUGCCAUCAUAUCUUGUACUAAUAAAAUCUUACUAAAUCAAAUAUAUUUAUCAAAAAUAAAAUAACAUUCCAUGUAUAUAUGAAAUAUACAAUAAUAUUCCACUACUGUCUUUGUGUUCAACUAAAUGGUUGUGAAAAUAAAAAAAAAGAAAAUGUGAA